AUGGCUGCUGCUGCUGUGGAGAACCCCGUCGAGCUCACUCGCCUCAACAGCUACGUCGGAUUCGACUCGCUCCCGCAGCAGAUCGAGUCCAAGCUCCUCAAGCGUGGCUUUUCUUUCAACGUGAUUGUAGUCGGCCAAACGGGACUCGGCAAGUCGACCCUCAUCAACACGAUCUUUGCCUCCCACCUCAUCGACACGAAGGGUCGCUUCGAGCCGGAUGAGCCGAUCAGGCAGACGACGGAGAUUCAGGCAGUCUCGCACGUCGUCCAGGAGAACAAUGUCCGCUUGCGCCUGAACAUCGUCGACACGCCUGGCUACGGCGACCUCGUCAACAACGAGAACUGCUGGGACCCUAUCGUCAAGUACAUCAAGGACCAGCACUCGGCCUACCUCCGCAAGGAGCUCACCGCGAUGCGCGACAAGCACAUCGCCGACACCCGCAUCCACGCCUGCCUCUACUUCAUCGCUCCGACCGGCCACACCCUCAAGGCGAUCGACAUCGUCGUGAUGAAGAAGCUGUCCGAGGUCGUCAAUGUCGUGCCGGUCAUCGCCAAGAGCGACAGCUUGACGCUCGAGGAGCGCGAGUUGUUCAAGGAGAGGAUCCGCGCCGAGCUUGCGCACAACAACAUCCGCGUCUACCCCUUCGACACCGAAGACCACGACGACGAGGAGCGCGGCCUCAACUCGGCUAUUCGGAGCAUGAUGCCUUUCGCCGUUGUUGGCUCCGAGCGAAACGUAAUCGUGGAUGGCAAGCCUGUGCGCGGCCGGAAGAACCGCUGGGGCGUCAUCAACGUUGAGAACGAGCAGCACUGCGACUUCAACUACCUCCGCAACUUCCUGACCCGCACUCACUUGCAAGACUUGAUCGAGACGACGGCGCUCGUCCACUACGAGGCGUUCCGCUCGAAGCAGCUGCUCGCUCUCAAGGAGUCGUCUGCGGCCAAGGCGCAACAGGCGCACGCCUAG